AUGAGGGCUCUCGUAUUCUGUCUUGUCGCCUUGGCGGCUUAUAAAGCUCAAUAUUUAAUAAUUAUAGGCUUCCUGGAGGCAGGAAGCCCUCAACCAGAAUCUCAUCAAGAUCCACUCCGAUUCUCUUCUAUGAACAAUGGAGAUAAUACCUCUAGACAUCCCAGGUCAACACUACCUCCUCAGGGUCCUCCUACAAUAAAUCCCAAGUGA